AUGGUCGACGACUCCGUGUUGGUGGCGGUAGCUGAGGUUGUGUCCUCUCUUGCCGCCGACCCCAAGCCGUCCUCUUCUAUAUCUGCCAGUAUCGGACCCCGAAUCACCCUCCCUGGCCCUGAAACCGCCGCCAAACGAGCUCUAGAAAUCGAACUCCAGAAACUAUCCCUUCGACUGGGACAGCUAGAGAACAGAGCAAGUGCAUCGGCCACGGCCGUAUUUCCCGAAACGCCAAAUGAAGUCAACGACUCCCUCUUUGGUGACGACGCGGGCUCAUCGCCCGCGGGCAACCGAGGGGUAAUUUCGAACAAGUCGAAAUUGGCCCAUGCGCAUCAAGGUAGCUUGGAUUGUCCGAAACUUUUGCCUCGCCAGCUGACCAAGGAAGCCCUGGAAGGACUGCGCGACCAUGUGGACGACCAGUCCAAGCUCCUCGAUAGCCAACGACAGGAGCUGGCUGGCGUCAACGCCCAACUACUCGAACAAAAAGAGCUGCAAGAACGGGCUCUCGCCAUGCUUGAGCAAGAGCGUGUGGCUACUCUUGAACGUGAGCUCUGGAAACACCAAAAGGCCAAUGAGGCUUUCCAAAAGGCCCUGCGAGAAAUUGGUGAAAUCGUCACCGCCGUCGCUCGUGGUGACUUGACCAUGAAGGUCCGCAUGAAUACAGUCGAAAUGGACCCCGAAAUUACAACCUUCAAGCGAACCAUCAAUGCAAUGAUGGAUCAGCUGCAGAUCUUCGCCAGCGAAGUAUCUCGCGUCGCCCGUGAAGUCGGUACUGAAGGUUUACUCGGAGGUCAGGCCCGUAUCGGCGGUGUCGACGGAACAUGGAAGGAAUUGACAGAUAACGUGCGUGAAAUUGCUUCCGUCACGACAGCCGUCGCACACGGCGACUUGACCAAGAAGAUUGAACGACCAGCCAGAGGUGAAAUUCUUCAACUGCAGCAAACCAUCAACACCAUGGUGGACCAGCUGCGAACUUUUGCUUCUGAAGUUACUCGAGUCGCCAGAGAUGUCGGAACUGAAGGAAUUCUGGGUGGUCAAGCCGAUGUUGGAGGGGUGCAGGGCAUGUGGAAUGAUUUGACUGUCAACGUCAAUGCCAUGGCCAACAAUUUGACGACUCAGGUGCGAGACAUUAUUAAGGUCACCACAGCUGUCGCAAAGGGAGACCUCACCCAGAAGGUGCAGGCCGACUGCAGAGGCGAAAUUUUUGAACUCAAGUCUACGAUCAACUCGAUGGUGGACCAACUCUCUCAAUUCGCCAGGGAAGUCACCAAAAUUGCGCGAGAAGUCGGUACCGAGGGCCGCCUCGGUGGACAAGCCACUGUACAUGAUGUUGAAGGAACGUGGAGAGACCUGACGGAGAACGUAAAUGGCAUGGCCAUGAACUUGACAACACAAGUGCGAGAGAUUGCAAAAGUCACCACCGCCGUCGCCAAGGGCGACCUGACCAAGAAAAUCGGCGUCGAGGUCAAGGGUGAAAUUCUGGAACUGAAGAACACUAUUAAUCAAAUGGUAGACCGUCUGGGCACAUUUGCCGUGGAAGUAAGCAAGGUGGCGCGAGAAGUCGGCACGGACGGCACGCUAGGUGGCCAGGCACAAGUCGCCAAUGUUGAGGGGAAAUGGAAAGACCUCACCGAAAACGUUAACACAAUGGCUUCAAACCUGACGGUUCAGGUGAGAAGUAUAUCUGCUGUCACACAGGCUAUUGCGAACGGAGACAUGAGUCAAACGAUUGACGUGCAAGCCAGUGGGGAAAUACAAGUAUUGAAAGAAACAAUCAACAACAUGGUCUCACGACUGUCAAGUUUCUGUUACGAGGUGCAACGAGUCGCAAAGGACGUGGGUGUUGAUGGGAAAAUGGGUGCUCAAGCUGACGUUGCUGGCCUGAACGGACGGUGGAAGGAAAUCACCACGGACGUGAACACAAUGGCUAGUAACUUGACGACCCAAGUGCGAGCCUUCUCCGAUAUCACGAAUUUAGCGACUGACGGAGACUUUACCAAACUCGUCGAUGUCGAGGCGUCUGGCGAAAUGGACGAGCUGAAGCGGAAGAUCAAUCAAAUGAUUUCAAACCUGCGAGACAGUAUCCAGAGAAACACGCAGGCAAGAGAGGCUGCCGAGUUGGCCAACAAGACCAAAUCUGAAUUCUUGGCAAACAUGUCUCAUGAAAUUCGAACGCCCAUGAACGGCAUCAUCGGCAUGACUCAACUGACGCUCGACACCGACUUGACGCAGUACCAACGCGAGAUGCUCAAUAUCGUCAACAACCUUGCCAACAGUCUAUUGACGAUUAUCGAUGACAUCUUGGAUCUUUCCAAGAUCGAGGCUAGGAGAAUGGUGGUUGAAGAGAUCCCGUAUACGUUGCGAGGAACUGUUUUCAAUGCCCUCAAGACCCUGGCUGUCAAGGCAAAUGAGAAGUUUUUGGACCUUACCUACAAGGUGGACAGUUCCGUUCCUGACCAUGUCAUCGGAGACUCGUUCCGUCUUAGGCAGAUUAUUCUCAACCUUGUGGGCAACGCCAUUAAGUUUACAGAGCAUGGCGAAGUCAGUCUCACUAUCAAAGAGAGGGCGAAUCAGCACGAGGUGGGCGUGGGAGAGUACGCCAUCGAGUUUGUCGUUGAAGAUACUGGUAUUGGCAUAGCCAAGGACAAACUCAAUCUCAUUUUCGAUACAUUCCAGCAAGCCGAUGGCUCCAUGACUCGCAAGUUUGGUGGUACAGGUCUCGGCUUAUCCAUCUCAAAACGUCUGGUUAAUCUCAUGGGAGGUGACCUGUGGGUGCUCAGUGAGGCCGGCAAGGGCAGCCAAUUUCAUUUCACGUGCAAAGUCAGACUCGCUGCCGACGAUACUGAAGGCACCCUUAAACAGCUUAAACCGUAUCGUGGUCACCAGGUUCUGUUUGUCGAUAAGGCCCAGUCAGGCUCUGGUGCAGAUAUCAAGGACAUGUUGGAGCAAAUUGGGCUGCACCCUGUUGUGGUUGAUUCCGAGAAGAGUUCUGCACUCACCAGGCUUAAGGCGGGGGGCGCAUUACCAUAUGAUGCCAUACUUGUCGACUCUAUCGACACAGCGAGAAGACUGAGAGCAGUAGAUGACUUCAAGUACCUACCGAUCGUUCUCUUGGCACCUGUUGUCCAUGUCAGUCUGAAAUCAUGCCUCGAUCUAGGUAUCACCUCGUACAUGACAACACCAUGCACGCUGGUCGAUCUCGGCAACGGCAUGGUACCCGCGCUCGAGAACAGAGCAACCCCAUCAUUGGCUGAUAAUACCAAGUCGUUGGAGAUUUUACUCGCCGAGGACAACACUGUGAAUCAGCGACUAGCGGUCAAGAUUUUGGAGAAAUACCAUCAUGUGGUUACUGUCGUGGGUAAUGGGUGGGAGGCUGUCGAAGCUGUCAAGGAGAAGAAGUUUGACGUCAUCCUGAUGGAUGUUCAAAUGCCUAUCAUGGGGGGAUUUGAAGCUACUGGCAAGAUCCGAGACUACGAACGUGGUAUGGGCACACACAGAACUCCAAUCAUCGCCUUGACUGCACACGCCAUGAUGGGUGAUCGUGAGAAGUGUAUCCAAGCUCAAAUGGAUGAGUAUCUCUCUAAACCACUACAACAAAAUCACCUCAUCCAAACUAUCCUCAAGUGCGCCACGCUAGGAGGGCCAUUGUUGGAGAAGAAUAGGGAGAGAGAGCUUGCAAUUCAGGCCGACGCAAAGUCGAGAAACAGUAAAGCAGGGGAACAAGGGUUGCUUCGUCCGGGACUAGAGAACCGGUCCAUGACCUCGCGAGAACCAGUGACAAACAAAGAUGGAGAGAGUCCUUCCAUCAUCUCCGCAGAGGAGGACGACCCCUGGGCUAGGCAGCGACGUGAUCUUUCUGACAUGCGUAGCAUCUCAGGUUAG